AUGAAUGUUCAACCGAUUUACCAAGAAUAUUCGGAUAAUAAUGCUUUCGAUUUAUCUUUAAUUCUUCCUAUUCAACAAUCUGUUGAUUAUCAACAAGAUGCUAUCCCACAACAAUCUUUCGAUACUAUGGAUAUUCAACGUAAUUUCCAAGAAUAUUCAGAUGAUAAUGCUGACGAUGUAUCUUCAAUUCUUCCUAUUCCUUUUGAUUAUAAACAAGAAACCACUUCACAACAAUCUUCCGACAAUAUAAAAUUUGAAUUUUAUCUUCCUUUACCAAAUGAUGCACAUGUCUAUCAUGUUACUUAUGCCGAAUUAAAUUCAAAAGAAAUCGCGCAACUCUUAAAUAAUAAAAUUGAUUUAUCCCACAUACCCGAUCAUCAACUUCCAUAUCAUAAUAAUGUACAACAUUUAAUUUGGCAACAAAUUAUUCAACAGCCUGUUGAUUAUCAACAACAAGAUGCUAUCCCACAACAAUCUUUCGAUACUAUGUUCCAAGAAUAUUCAGAUAAUAGUUCUUACGAUAUAUCUCCUAUUCAACAACCUGUUGAUUAUCAACAAGACACCACUCUACAACAAUCUUUCGAUACUAUAGAUAUUCAACCCAUUUUCCAAGAAUAUUCAAAUAAUAAUGCUAACGAUGCAUCUUCAGUUCCCCCAAACAGUCCUGAAGAUGGAUACAAUGGAAUUCAAUCACAUCAAAAUAACUAA